AUGUCUUCAAAGAUUUCUAUUCGUCUUUUCAUCUGCACCUUAUUAUUUGCUCUCCUUAUCAUCCAAGCUCUCGCAAUUCCCAUAAGCUUACCGAAACUUUCUCAUAAAUCUCAUAAAGCCCUUCAACCAACUUCCACUUCAAAUGCCAAAACACCAAAAUCCACAGCAGCAACCGUCAAAAAAGCUAAAAAGCCCAAAACAAGCGUUGAAGGACCACAACAGUCUUCGACACCAAAUGAUAAAAGUUUAGUCCAAACAGCUACGAAAACUGCGGGAACGGGACAAGAAUAUAGCGGAGAUGAUACAUUUUACAAUACAGCAUUGGGUGCGGGCGGUAUUACAAGUAAUGACAAUCAAUUGGUAGCCGCAUUACCAGCUGCAGUAUAUGAUACAUUAAUCCCAGGCGGAAAUCCAAACGCAUGUACUGCUUGUGGUAAAACGUGUACAGUAUGUUAUCAAGGUAAAAGUGUUGAUGUAACAAUUGUUGAUAGGUGUCCUAGCUGUAAAAGUGGCGACAUUGAUUUGAGCCCAGCAGCUUUUAGCAAACUUGCAUCACAAGAUUUAGGAC